AAAUAUAUCAAAAUAAAUUACGUUGUUCCAACUAUUAAUCACAGACAACUGCUCUUUUACAGAUUUCCAUUACGAAAUCCUGAGUGCAAUGCUAAGUGGAUAAAAGCUGUUGGACGAAAGGGCUUUAUUCCAUCAAAAAAUUCACGAUUGUGUAACAAUCAUUUUUUGAAAAGUGAUUUUAAAACUUCAGUUGGUGGUACCUAUAAAUUGUUAUUGUGUGAUGAUGCUGUACCAUCAAUAUUCAACAUUACUGUUAUUCAAACACCAAUCAAAAUAUAUCGCUCAGAAAUUUGUGAACCAACUUCAAGUCAAUUAACUACUACAGAGUUCUCUACAUCAGUUCAAGAUGAACCAUUAUGUCCUACUCCAAAAAGAAAUUUGUGUUUUAAAAGUGCUGAAGAAAAAUCUUCAUUACUCUCCACUCCUUCAAAAUUAGUACUUAAAAAUAAAAUAAUAAAGCAAGCUAACACAAUUAAAUUAUUAAAGCAACAAAUCAGACGUAAAUAUAUUAAAAUUAAUGCUUUAGCAGGUCUUUUAAAGUUACUUAAAGACAAAAAGUAUUAAACAUGGAAUCUGAAGAACUUAUGUUAGACAAAUUUGGAGGACUCUCUCAAGAAUUAUUUUCCAACAUUCAUAAAAAUCAAAAUAUCGAUUCAAAAGGUAGACGUUAUAGUAAGAUAAUAAAAGAAUUUAUAUAAACAAAUAUUAUUUUCACAUCAAUA